AUGCCGCGGGGGCUCCCCGCAGGACACGGCCCCGGAGCCGACCCCACAGCGGCACGGGACCCCGCCCCGUGGCUCCCUGAAGCCGGCCCCCUGCACCACUACCUGCUGCUCCAGAGCCCCACGGGCGCCGCCAUCUUUCCCGGACGGGCUGCGUUUCCGCCGCCGCCGGGUUUCAGCUUCCGUCCGGCCGCCGGCCCCGCCUUUCCCUGGCUCCUGCCCCUGCACACAGUCAGACCUCUUUCCCUACACACACACACACACACACACACACACACACAGUAUCCGGGAGACAGUGUCCCUCCCAAGCAGGCUGACACCUCCUUCCACCUCCCCCCAGGCCUGAAGCUCCUGGGAGCCCCCAUGAAACUGACAGUGUCGCAGGGACAGCCGGUGAAACUCAACUGCAGCAUAGAGGGGAUGGAGGAUCCUGAGAUCCAGUGGGUGAAGGACGGGAAUUUGGUCCAGAGUGUGGACCAGGUGUGCAUCUCAGUCAUCGAGCAGCAUGGGAUCUGCUUCCUCAGCCUGAAGUCAGUGGAGCGCUCUGAUGCGGGCCAGUACUGGUGCCAGGUGGACGACGAGGGGCAAAUCCUGACCUCCCAGCCAGUGUGGCUCACAGUAGAAGGUGUGCCGUUUUUCACUGUGGAGCCAGAAGAUCUGGCUGUGCCACCCAAUGCCUCUUUCCAACUGUCAUGUGCAGCCAAGGGCCCCCCGGAACCUGUUACCAUCAUCUGGUGGCAAGGAGGCACAAAAGUUGGGAGGCCCAUGCCCUCCCCAUCCCUUUUGAAUGUAGCAGGGGUGACCCAGAGCACUGUAUUCUCCUGCGAAGCUCACAACCUAAAAGGCCUGGCCUCCUCCCACCCAGCCACUGUUCAUCUUCAAGAGCUGCCUGCAGCCCCUUCCAACAUCACCGUGACCAAGCUCUCCAGUCACAAUGCUAGCGUCAGCUGGACGCCUGGUGCCGAUGGCCGAGCCCGACUCCAGUCCUGCACAGUCCAGGUGAUGCAGGCCCUAGGAGGCCGGGAGGUUCUGGCUGUCGUGGUGCCUGUACCACCUUAUACCUGCCUGCUCCGGGAUCUGGCUCCUGCCACCAACUACAGCCUCAGGGUGCGCUGUGCCAAUGCCUUGGGGCCCUCUCUUUAUGCUGAUUGGGUCCCUUUUCGGACAAUGGGUGUAGCCCCAACCAGCGCUCCCCAAAACCUCCAUGCCUUCCAAACAGACUCAGGCCUCGUCCUGGAGUGGGACGAAGUGAUCCCAGAAGGCUCUAUGGAAGAUCCCCUGGGGCCCUAUAAAUUGUCCUGGGUUCAAGACAACGAAACCCAGCAUGAGCUGACGGUGGAGGGGACCAGUGUCAACUUGACAGGCUGGGAUCCCCAGAAGGACCUGACGGUACGCGUGUGUGUGACCAACGCCGUGGGCUGUGGGCCCUGGAGCCAGUCCCUGGUGGUCUCUUCUCAUGACCAUGCAGGCCAGCAGGGCCCUCCGCACAGCCGGACAUCCUGGGUGCCUGUGGUCCUGGGUGUGCUGACAGCCCUGGUGACAGCUGCUGCCCUGGCCCUUAUCUUGCUUCGAAAGAGGCGGAAGGAGACCCGGUUUGGGCAAGCUUUUGACAGUGUUAUGGCCCGGGGGGAGCCGGCAGUUCACUUCCGGGCAGCCCGGUCCUUCAAUCGGGAAAGGCCUGAGCGCAUCGAAGCCACAUUGGACAGCCUGGGCAUCAGCGACGAACUCAAGGACAAACUGGAAGACGUACUUAUUCCAGAGCAGCAGUUCACCCUGGGCCGGAUGUUAGGCAAAGGAGAGUUUGGCUCUGUGCGGGAGGCCCAGCUGAAGCAGGACGAUGGCUCCUUUGUGAAAGUGGCCGUGAAGAUGCUGAAAGCGGACAUCAUCGCCUCGAGCGACAUUGAAGAGUUCCUCAGGGAAGCAGCUUGCAUGAAGGAGUUUGACCAUCCGCACGUUGCGAAGCUUGUUGGGGUGAGCCUCCGGAGCAGGGCCAAGGGCCGUCUUCCCAUCCCCAUGGUUAUCCUGCCCUUCAUGAAGCACGGGGACCUGCAUGCCUUCUUGCUCGCCUCCCGAAUUGGGGAGAACCCCUUUAACCUGCCCCUCCAGACGCUGGUCCGGUUCAUGGUGGACAUUGCCUGUGGCAUGGAGUACCUGAGCUCCCGGAGCUUCAUCCAUCGGGACCUUGCCGCACGGAAUUGCAUGCUAGCAGAAGACAUGACCGUGUGCGUGGCUGACUUUGGGCUCUCCCGCAAGAUCUACAGUGGGGACUACUACCGGCAGGGCUGUGCCUCCAAAUUGCCCGUCAAGUGGCUGGCCCUGGAGAGCCUGGCUGACAACCUGUACACCGUGCACAGUGACGUGUGGGCCUUCGGGGUGACCAUGUGGGAGAUCAUGACUCGUGGGCAGACGCCAUACGCUGGCAUCGAGAAUGCUGAGAUUUACAACUACCUCAUCGGCGGGAACCGCCUGAAGCAGCCCCCGGAGUGCAAGGAGGACGUGUACGAGCUCAUGUGCCAGUGCUGGAACGCAGACCCUAAGCAGCGCCCGAGCUUCACGUGCCUGCGAAUGGAAUUGGAGACCAUCCUGGGCCACCUGUCCGUGCUGUCCACCAGCCAGGACCCCCUGUACAUCAACAUGGAGAAAGCCCAGGAGCCCGCUGAGGGAGGUGGCCUGGGCCUGCCUGGCAGGGAGCAAGCCUCUGAGGGGGCUGGGGAUGGCAGUGGCUUGAGAGCAGUAGGGGGCACCCCCAGUGACUAUCGGUACAUCCUUAGCCCCAGUGCGCUGGCUGAGCGGCCUGGACCGGAGGAGCAGCAGCCGGAGAGCCCCCUCAGCGAGGGCCAGAGGCUGCUGCUGCUGCAGCAGGGGCUACUACCCCACAGUAACUGUUAGCCCAGGCAGAGGGCAGCUGGGGCAGCCUAGCCCAGCCGCCCAGCAUGGAGGCUCCUGUGGUAGCCCUCCCAAGCUGGCUGGGAAGCCAGAUCUGCCGAAUCGCCCAAUCCCAGUUCUUCCUGCAGCCACUCUGUGGCCAGCCUGGCAUCAGUCCAGGCCUUGGCUGGGUGGAGGGGGGCUCUCCAGGCCUGGUUGUCUGAACCCAGGCAGCUGGCUGGAGGGGUGGCGGUAGUUAUAUUUCCGUGGUUACCAUGAGUGAGGAGGGGUAUGGGGGAAAGGGAGGUCCAGCUCUGGGGGCCCCUCCCCUCCUGGCUGAGCUAUCCCUGCUGCUUCAGUGCAUGCUUUGAGCCACCACCAGCCUGGGGACCCAGCCCAGCCCAAGGUUGCCCCUCUGAGUCACAAGAAAAGCCCUUGUGUUAUCUUCCUCUGGGUGAGAGUCAGUAAGGGGUAGCCACAGGCGAAAUCCUAGCCCCAGGGCACUCAGGUCUGAAUUGGUUGUCAUCACCCUCCUGCUUCCCCACCCUGCGGAGGCCAGGAGAAGAGGGCGCCCCGCGUCCCUUGUCCCUGCCGCUGACCAGGCCACACCAACCAACCAGGCCAUGCGCAGCCAGGCCCAGCAAGAAGGGGUGCUGUGGGGCUUGCCCAGGAAGGAAUGAGGCCAGAGAGGAGUCCGGGAGCCCUCUCCCUGCCCUCCACAGUUUGUGAGCAUGCUACCAAAUCCCCCAUCUCCCAAGACUACCCAAGGCAGCUGUGUCAGAGCCCAGUCCUCCCAUGCGGUCCAGCUUUCCCUCGGACUGGAGACCCUCUUCUCCCAAGUCUCCUGGGGGGAGAUGGACAUGGUGGCUGGUGUGUGGGGAGGGGCAUGGCUGAGGGGGUGGGCCCGGCCCUCAGCCCUGGCUGGGUAGGGCAGCCUAGGGGAGUGCAUGGGGCAUGUCCUUGUUGUUAGGGACAUUUCCAAGCGUUAGAUGCUGUUUAAAAACAAAUAAAAUUGAAAACUAAA